UUGUUCACUUCUAAAAGAGGUUCAAAAUGGCUACUGCUACACCUACCACUGCUCCAGUGCCUGCUUUUAAGGAAGAAAAGUACGAGAGGAUUAUUCUUGAAGCAAACCCUCAACAAGAACAAGAAAUAGAGCAAGCUAAAGAGUUGUUGGACACCAUCCUUUGUUGUUUUCUCGAUGUGGACGACGAGAAGUACGAAGAAGAGGAGGCCAAGGAGGGAGAGGAGGAGGAGGGAGAGAGUCCUUAUGAGAAGGAUGUUGAGAAACAACGUGAAAUGAGCAGCAAAGUUCUUCCUAAGGGAUUUCCGUUCAAUGCUUGUCUCUCUAUGAAAAGCAGUGAGGAAGAAUUAACUACAGCUCUGGACUCGCCCAUUUUUAACUCAUACAACGGUGCUGUGUACUGGAAUGAGUGUGGACGGGAUUUUAUCGUGGAUCCGAACCAGCCCAAGGAGAACUUUCAGCCAGAGAACAUGGCAAACCUCGUCUACCACAGCCUGAAGCCGAUCAUGAUUCACCCUGGCGGAGAUAAGAAAUUAACCAUCAAGGGAAUGUGCGAAGAGAUUGGAAAGCUGAACUUCAACGCUGGAGAACACGUUUUCCUGGAGAAUAUAGAAAUCCAGCUUCGUGAGAUUGAUGAUAAAGAAGUUAUGGUGAUAAUAUUCUACACCGGAGCCUAGACUCUUCAUUCCUUACAGACAACCUCAAAAAAUAUGUUUAAUGUUCAAUCUGGACGCCCCCCUCUCCAUACCCAUCCCCUUUUAUAUCCUUGUUAUACCAGUUUAUUAGGCGUGCCAGGAUUCUUGAUUGAUUUAAAGUUGAAUUUAAGUAUUUUGGCACUCCGUCCCAAUCUUAUCCUUUGUUUAACUUUAACCUACUUCAACCUGCCAGCUUCUAUUUAGAGCUGGGCAUCGUAUUAGAACACUGUUUUUAACUUUAACCUACUUCAACCUACCAGCUUUUAUUUAGACCUGGGCAUCAUAUUAGAACACUGUUUUUUAACUUUACCCUACUUCAACCUGCCAGCUUCUAUUUAAAGUUGUUUAUACGUUUUGCAAAAAAAAUUUAAUCAUAAACAUUUCAGCAAUCCUUUCAAUUUUUUUACAGUUUAAAGUUAUACACAACAUAAAAACAUCUUAUUGUUAUUUAAUAAAACCUAAUUUUUACAAUAAUGCAUUAUCAGAUCAACUACCCCUUCCUGCCAGUCACUCCCUUUAAAACACCCCAGAAAAUUAUGUACAUUUUAAGUUUAAUUGUAAUAUCAACCCUGUUUUCCAAUAUUCUACCAUCUUCCAUAAAUUACAGAAAUCUGUUCGGUUUACUUGUGUUAAGCAAAGUACAUACGAUAUCAGCACUUUCUUUGAUUCAUAAAAACUCUUACAAAUAUUGAUUUCAUUUGUUUUCAAUCCAAAUAUAAAAAGAUUUUCAUAAUUUGUUGACAAUUGGUCAAAUUGAACUCAUUAUCACUGAUGAUGUGAUGUGUAAUCCCUGCAGUACAAUACUACCUGCAACACAAUAGUGUUCAUGGUGUUCUCCCCAGUCCAUCCACUCAGUUAAUCAAUUGAAAUUGAUUGAUUAGUUGAUUAACUGAUAAAUCGAUUAAUUAAUUAGUUGAUUGAUUGUUAGAUUGAUUCAUUUAUUGUCCAAGUAAACCAACCUGGUAUAAAUCUUCUUGUCUAUUACACAUGCAACACAAAGUAUUAAUUAACGUGUGUUCUACAAUUAUCUGGUUUUAUUAUCCUGUAAUUGUUCCA